AUGACCUUCAAGCGCCGGAACGGCGGCCGCAACAAGCAUGGCCGCGGCCACGUCAGGUUCAUCCGCUGCGACAACUGCGCCAAGAGCGUCCCCAAGGACAAGGCGAUCAAGAGGUACAAGGUGCAGAACAUCGUGGCACCGGAAGGCAUCAGCUAUUUCACGGAGGCGUCCGUCCUUGACGGUUACCAUCUGCCCAAGAUUUACAUCAAGGAGCGCUGGUGCGUGGGCUGCGCCAUCCAUAUGAAGAAAAUCGGUGUCCGCUCCCGUAAGGACCGCAAGAACCGCGCACCUCCGGAAAGCGUCCGCCGCAGGGGGCCAAGACCUGUGGGCCAAGCUCCUCGUCCUGGUGGCGUCGGCGGGGGUCCUGGUGGUGUCGGCGGAGGUUCUGGUGGUACUGGCGGUGGCUUCGGCGCCGGUGGUGCUGGCGGUGGCUUCGGCGCCGGUGCUCCAGCUCCCAACGUCGCUGGCGACUGGCCCCAGAAUUAG